AUGUAUAUUUGUUCCAAUCCACUGGACCCAGUACGGUGUACCGGUCCAAACCAACAAUGGUGUGUUCAAUUACCAGCUUGUUAUCCAACCAUUCUUUCAUGUGUACCCACUGUUGUCAAACGUGAUGAUUAUCAUGGUAGCACUAUUUUAGAUUCACCAUUAUAUGCAAAUAGUCGAUUACUUCAACGUCUUCGACAAAAUAUUGAUCAGAAUCCGGUGCCGCCCUCAUCAAAUAAAGCAAGUCAUAUGUAUCAACAGCAUGUAAUAGAUACGGAUAGAAAAAAUGUUUUGUCAACACCUAUUAGUCCGGUGUCAAAAUCAAGAAGUCCUUCGUUACUACAGCAAUUUUUCAAUAGAAAAUCUAUGGACGGCAAUCGAUCAAUUGAAAAGUCAAGAAAUAUUACACCUAUUCUAAAUGUACACGACUCAUCGAAAUCGAAUGAGAAUGACUUGGAAAAUGCUAAUAGCAGAGAUAAGAAAAAAUUACGUCAAGCAAUUCAUAAUAUAAUGAAAAGUACUAGUGCUCAAGAUAAUUUAUCAAAAAAUAUUAGUACUCAUCAUCUCGAUCCAGAUCUUUCUAAUAGUGUUACAGAUAUCAAAAGUAGUCAUUUUCUUUCACCAUCCAAUGUUCAACAACAAAUCGAUAAAAAAUCAUCACAAAAACAGAACACGUCAACAAUUCAAUCACCAACAAAUUCUACUAACGAUACUACACAACUUGGCACAGGAAAUAACUGGAUUAAAACAUUACAGGAAAAACAAUCAAGCAAACAGUUAAAUACAAAAUCUUCGAAAAACAAAAUCGAUGUUGAUCAUUUACAUAUGAGAGAAGCAAUGGCUGCGUUAGAACCACAUAUUACUAGAGAAGCAUUGCAAGCAUUGAUCAAUAAGAAGAAAGAUCUAGAACAAAAUGCUUUCAUGCGGCUACUAACAGGACCUUCACGAUGCUGUCGUUCAUAUCGUACUCAACGACGUCUAGCAACAGUUGCUCAACGUUCAAUUGAUAUUGCUAUCAACGAUGUAUCAAUGUCUCCAAUACAUAAUAAUAAUAACUAA